AUGACAGCGACAUUUUCUUUCUUUCAUGACGUUGUUUACUUUGUUCUUUCUUUCUUUUCCUCCAUUGAUUACUUCUUUCUUUUUCUUCUUUCUUUCUUUCUUUCUUUCUUUUCCCCCAUUAUUUACUUCUUUCUUUUUCCUCUUUCUUUCUUUCUUUUCCCCCAUUAUUUACUUCUUUCUUUUUCUUCUUUCUUUCUUUCUUUCUUUCUUUAUUUCUUUCUUUAUUCCUUUCUUUCUUUCCCCCCAUUAUUUACUUCUUUCUUUUUCUUCUUUCUUUCUUUCUUUCUUUCUUUCUUUCUUUCUUUCUUUCUUUCUUUCUUUCUUUCCCUUGUUUACCUCUUGUAUUUCUUUCUUUCUUUCCACCAUUUCUUACUUUUUCUUUUUGCCACCGUUACUUCUUUCUUUUUUCUUUCUUCGUCCCUUCCUUCCUUCGUUCCUUCUUUCUUUCUUUCUUUCUUUCUUUCUUUCUUUCUUUCUUUCUUUCUUUCUUUCUUCCCCUUGUUUACCUCUUGUCUUUCUUUCUUUCCACCAUUUUUUCCUUUUUUCUUUUUCUUCUUUCUUUCUUUCUUUCUUUCUUUUCCCCCAUUAUUUACUUCUUUCUUUUUCUUCUUUCUUUUUCAUCUUUCUUUUUCUUCUUUCUUUCUUUCUUUCUUUCUUUCUUUCUUUCUUUCUUUCUUUCUUUCCCUUGUUUACCUCUUGUAUUUCUUUCUUUCUUUCUUUCCAACAUUUCUUACAUUUUUCUUUUUUCCACCGUUACUUCUUUCUUUUUUCUUUCUUUCUUUCUUCGUCCCUUCCUUCCUUCGUUCCUUCGUCCCUUCUUUCUUUCUUUCUUUCUUUCUUUCUUUCUUUCUUUCUUUCUUUCUUUCCUUCUUUCUUUCUUUCUUCCCCUUGUUUACCUCUUGUCUUUCUUUCCUUCUUUCCACCAUUUUUUACUUUUUUCUUUUUUCCACCGCUGCUUCUUUCUUUAUUUUUUCUUUCUUUCUUUCUUUCUUUCUUUCUUUCUUUCUUUCUUUCUUUCUUUCUUUCUUUCCAUUCCUCUUUUUAUCUAAGAUCUUUUUCACAAUACCUCUUUUUCAAAAUGCCUCUCUUUCACCAAGCCUCUUUUUCAUCCAGCCUCUUUUUCGCCAAGGCUUGUUUUUAUCUAACCUCUUUUUCCCAAAGCCUCUUUUUCACCAAGUCAUUAUUUCAUCCUGCCUCUCUUUCACCAAGCCUCUUUUUCAUCCAGCCUCUUUUUCGCCAAGGUUUUUUUUAUCUCACCUUUUUUUUCCCAAAGCCUCUUUUUCGCCAAGUCAUUAUUUCCUCCUGCCUCUCUUUCACCAAGCCUCUUUUUCAUCCAGCCUCUUUUUCGCCAAGCCUUUUUUUUUUCAUCUAACCUCUUUUACUCAAAGCCUCUUUUUCGCCAAGGCUCUUUUCCAUCCAGCCUGUUUCUCAUCCACUCUUUUUCACCAAGCUCUUUUUUCAUCCAGCCUCUCUUUCAAACAGCUCCCCUUUUACCUAGACUGUCUUUUUAUUUAUUUUCCUGUCUUGUUCUCUCCAUUUUCUUAG